AUGCCCGUAACCUUGGUCAGUGACAACGGUACCCAGUUUACCAGCGCCGAAUUCGCCGAUUUCUGCGCUUCCAAUGGCAUCGAGCACCUUACGACAGCACCGUUUCAUCCACAAUCAAAUGGCCAGGCGGAACGAUUUGUGGAUACCUUCAAGCGAGCCGUCAAGAAAAUUCGAGAGGGGAGAGGAUCCAUUGAAGAAGCACUGGAUGUCUUCUUGCUGACGUACCGAAGCACGCCCAGUCGUGCUCUGCCGGAUCAGAAGUCGCCAUCUGAGAUCAUGUUUGGUCGCAAAAUCCGAACGUGUCUCGAGCUUCUGCGUCCACCACCGGUACGUGUCCCAGUACCAACCGACGAUGACCGCAAGCAACCGAGGUCCUUCAACCGAAACGAGACCGUGUACGCCAAACUAUAUGGUCGUACCGGUUGGAAGUGGGCUCCUGGUGUCGUCGUCGAGAAGAUCGGAGACGUUAUGUACAACGUGUGGGUCGAAGAUCGCCGAAUGCUACGCUCGCAUAUCAACCAACUUCGGAGUCGCCUUGCUGCUGGCGCGAUACCGAAGCAACCCACUGUACAUGCCACCUUAAACCAACAUUCGCUGCCGCUGGACAUUUUGCUGGAUGCCUGGGAUCUCCCAAGCCAAUCACCAGGUCCAUCUUCACCAGAGCCUGUCUCCAGUGCUGAGAGAACCAUGGUAGAUUCCGGGCCGACUCUUGCAACGUCUACGCCACGUCAUGAGGUCUCGGCGUUCGUCCCGUCAUCAGCAUCGUCAUCAUCAACAACAACAACGCCAACAUCGACAGAGUUCGAGUCCGCUGUCGAAGUAGAACUAGCUGUAGACAUCCCUAGGCGCUCUUCACGACUACGAAGACCGCCAGUAAGGUUUGAUCCGUACCACCUCUAUUAA